AUGUAUAUUUUGUACUUUCCAGUGGAUGACGUUUCGGGAAACACAACGGACGUUACAAGUCUGGAAGAGGGUGGCGUUGACACACUGAUUAUCAUUGUAUGGUGUAUGGGCGGAACCCUUCUAAUCUCCUUUCUCCCACUGAUUGCUCAAAUUAUCCGAGCGAAGAAGAAAUAUCUAGUCGGAAGUUUCAAUAAUAACGAGAAUGUACAAGAAACUGGAUGUUACAGUUUGUUCCGAAUUCGAAUUGACGAAAGAAGGCAUAACUCUACAUUUUCAGCGUCAUUAGACACGGUUGAUCUGUUUCCCGGAUAUGACACAAUUGAUACGCACGUGCUAAGCAGGACAAUGCCGACAAGGCCUUCUGACGAGAAUUCACCACGCAAUAUGUCAUUCAGUGCUACCAACUUUCAGAAUACUCGUCAUUUGUAAUUUAG